GUCAAAAACAACCAAUAAACAUCAGAUCGAGCUGCUUUUAAGUCGUAUGCAAGCGCACCCAGACAUUGCGCGCGGUUUUUUUAAAGGCCAGAAGGACGAUGUUAACAAGUUUUGGCGCCAGGUGGAAGAGGAUUUAAACUCAGCAGGGCCACCAAUGAAAAAUGUGUGCGAAUGGAAAAAGGUUUGGGCUGAUCAGAAAAAAUACGUACGGCGAAAGGCGGCCCAAAAUCUAAAAGCCAGCAAAGGAACUGGUGGAGGACCCAACAUGGAACAAAAAUUGUCGCCUACUGAAGAAGCCAUAUACGAUCAUGUGACAAAGUCACCUGCAGAUAAUUCCACAGCAGAGAAUGAUAUACUCGAUAGCACUAUUGAAGAACUUGAGGAAGUUACUCCGUAUCAGCCGCCAACGAAAAAAAAACGCAACACUCCGCAAGGCGAGCCAAAAAAGCAAAAUAGCUAUACUAACGAUAUGUUUGUACAGGAAAUCGGUGUGCAGAAAGAGGUGUGUGAGUCAAUAACAGAGGCUGUGACGGGUUUAAAGGACCAAAAGGAAAUUACAAAAAAAAUUUAUCGCUCCCUUGAUCGGAUUUAUGACGUUCAAAAGCAAAAUUUUGAAAAAAUGUUUCAACUAGAACAGGAAAAAGUGGAAGAAAUGAAGCGACAUAAUUUAUUUAUGGAAAAACUUAGACUUAGUGAAGUGGAGAGUAAAAUAGAGAGAAAUCGUCGUCUAUUGGAGAUAGAAGAUUUAAAGGGCAAUAUUAAAUAA